AUGGACUCUCCUGAGUCUUCCAAGCUUACCUCGACCAACUGUGAAACUGCGCCUGCUCAAGAUUCGCCUGUUUUUAAUUUUCUUAGCAACCUUUCCCCCAUACAGACAGUGAGGGCUGCACCAGUUACACAAGGCUUCCCUGAGCUGAAUUCUCCUCCUCUUGUAUUCACUUCGCCGCAACUUAAUCUGCAUAGGCGGUCAGCUUUUCUUAAAAGGGCACAUUUUCCUAGAGCCUCCUCUUCACUUUUAGCCGGGCAUGCUGAAGAUGGCAAGGCAUACGGAAAGCUGAAUAUUCAGCUGAGCACUAGGCUAGAAAAGGCCACAGAUAGCAAUUGCCCUGAGAAUGACUCAACCGAAAGUUCUGCAGGAAGCCCGGAGCAGUUCUUGGCUGACAUUGUGGAGGGGGAAUCUGAAGAUCCGAAAUUCUCGAAUAAUUCAACUUCUGAAAAAACUGAAUGCACUGAUAAGCCACCAGAUGCUGGAACAGGAGCAAAGGAACAUAUCGUAGACCAUGUGUGCGAAACUAAUUCAAGAACAAGCGAACAAAUAGUGCUUAGUCCUGAUGUUAUUAGAAGGCAUAAUGAAGAGGUACUUGAGGAAAAUGUAUUAAUUGAUGUUAAUGCUAUGGAAAAAGAUACAAAUCGGGUGCAUGGUGUUUCUGGUGACCACAGUCAAGAUAUGGAACAUGAGUUGAUCGCAGUCCAUGCUUUGACCAAUCAGACCGAAGAAGAUAUUAUGGAUGAGAAUGUGGAGGCCGAGCUGGCUGAUCAAUCAGAUCAAUCAUGUCAUUUUCUUUCAGGUUCGGUGGAAAUAGGGGAAGAGGAUGAAAUUCUUGCGGAGGCUACUGGAGCAGUUUUGACUGAACCAGCUCUUAUAAGAGUGCACGAUGACCGUGAGGCUUUUCAACACCGGGGAGUACGUAGGCGUUGUCUUCAGUUUGAAGAUGCUCAGCUCAAGGUAAUGUCCAGUCAGACUACUAAAAGUACUUUAGGCAUUGAGGAGUUAAGACAAAUAGCUUUAGAGACAUCAUCAACUCCCGUCAACAGCAUUGAUGAGGUGGGCCCUCCCAUUUUAUGCCCUAGAAAUAGUUUAGACUCUACCAUCAAAAUUCCCAAGCCUUCAGGUAUUGGCUUGCACCUGAACAGCAUAGUCACUGCUGUGAAAGCUGGCUCUGGUUCAAAAGUAAGUUUGAGAUCAGCUCAGUGGGGUAAUUUCAGUAUAGUCGGGAAGAAAUCCAUGCACGUGAACGAAUCUCAUCCAGUUGAUUGCUCGAAUUAUUCUUCAAUGUUACCUCUAGUGGAGAAUCUUUCAGCUACCACUGACGGUAAUAGGCAUGAAUGUCGAAUUAUUCUUCCAAAUGAUUCUGUCAUCUCAAAUUCAUUAGAGGAUCAGUCAACACCAGGUAUGAAGAGGAAGUGUACUGAAAAAUCUGGUGGAUCUACGGAGUUCAUCAAGUCGAGCCCUCAAAAGAAAAGGAUAAAGUUAUCAGACCCAGGUGAAGGCGGUGGUUGCAAGCGUUGUAACUGUAAGAAGAGUAAAUGCUUGAAGCUUUACUGUGAUUGCUUUGCUGCCGGGAUCUAUUGUGCCGAACCUUGUGCAUGCCAAGAUUGCUUUAACACGCCUGAACACGAGGCCACAGUUAUUGAGACACGGCAAAAGAUCGAAUCACGAGACCCCCUGGCAUUUGCUCCUAGAGUUGUUCAACGCGUCACCAUACAACCUCCUAGCAUUCACAGGGAAGAUGGGACCCCCUUCACGCCUUCCUCAGCUAGGCACAAAAGAGGGUGCAAGUGUAAGAAGUCGAUGUGCCUCAAGAAGUACUGUGAGUGCUAUCAGCAGGCAAAAGUUGGCUGUUCAGAUGGAUGCCGAUGUGAAGGAUGCCAAAAUGUCUUUGGCCAAAAGGAAUAUUGCUCGAUUAAAGAUGUGUUGAGUGAAGAAGAUUACGAGAUAGCAGAUGGGCCGGCAUCUGAUAUGGCUGUAAACCAUACUGAGGUUUUUAAUGCACACCGUUUGACUCCUCCAACACCGGCAUUCCAGUUCUCAAACCAUGGAAAGGAUGCAUCGAAAUCUUGGUUCCCUUCUGGAGAGUACUCCCAAUCACCCGAAACUGAUUUCACAUAUGUGGCACCAUACAUGAUUAGUCACGGGUCCCCUAUGAACUCGGACGAUAUUAAUAAUAAUAACACGAUGUGUGAAAAUUCUCCAGAAAUAAUGCUCGAUCUGGAUUCUUUCGAUCAUGACUUACAAUCGAAUCUUCAUCAUAAGUUUGGGGGUGAGUUAUCCAGUGGUGUUAUCCAGGAUGAUACUCCAGAAAUGUUAAAGGACAAUUCUACCCCUGUCAAUGGCGUGAAAGUUUGCUCACCAAACAAGAAACGCGUUUCACCUCCUCAUGUGCGGCUGCAUGAAUUUAGCGGCUCGAGCUCGUCAGUUGGGAUUCGGACCGGGCGUAAAUUCAUCUUGAAAGCUGUCCCGAGUUUUCCUCCUCUUACCCCAUGCGUUGAUUCGAAAAGUGCUGACAAGUCAAGCGAGCCUCAAGAUAUCGGUGCUAAUAAAUGA